AUGGCUAAUAUCAAUUUUGUCCUGCAGCCCUCUCCGACGAUUCCGCAAAAACUCCUCACAAACAUUCAUGAUGUCGUCUAUAACCACAAUGCCUCCAGUCUUCUACCGCUGUCUGUCCGCUCCAUCAUUCAUCUUGUUUCAUCCAGCAAUAGACUGAUACGUUACCCCAAAAUCUUCACUGAAUCCCUCAUACAUCGAACAUUUCAAAUCCACUCACCCACCAUGCCAACGGAUGCCAGGCCUGUCAUCUUCUUUGACAUCGACAAUUGCCUCUAUCCCAGAUCCGCCCGCGUUCAAGAGCAUAUGGCUGCCACGAUAGAUCUAUACUUCCAAAAACACCUCUCCCUUUCCUCCGCAGACGCCACCCUCCUACACACCAAAUACUACACCGACUACGGGCUGGCUAUCUCUGGGCUCGUCAAACACCAUAAGAUCGAUCCCAUGGCCUACAACCGCGAAGUCGACGACACGUUACCAAUGGACCAGCUCAUCAAACCUGAUCCCGGGUUGAGGCGGCUAUUAGAAGGGCUCGAUAAAGAAAAGGUGAAGCUAUGGCUCUUCACGAACGCGUACAUUACGCAUGCGAAGCGGGUGAUCAAAAUACUGGGACUAGAGAGUGUUUUUGAAGGAAUCACGUAUUGUGAUUAUGCGCAGGUGCCAUUGGUGGCGAAACCGCAUAGGGAGAUGUUUGAGAAGGCGGAGAGGGAGGCGGGUGUUAGUGUUGGAGACGGGCGAAGAGGGGAUUGCUAUUUUGUGGAUGAUAGUGCGUUGAACUGCAGAUUUGCAACGGAAUGGGGGUGGACUGUUGUGCAUAAGAUGGAGGAGGGUGAUCCGUUGCCAAAACAGCCGGUGGCGAAGUAUCAGGUUACGGAUUUGGAGAAGCUGAGGGAGUGCUUUCCACAAUUCUUCAAGUCCAGUGAGGCUGAAGGGAAGAAUAUUGGAAGAGAAGGGCAUAUGAAUGGCUCUUCACUUUGA